CCCAAGCCGAACGCCAACAACAGCUGCCGUAGUCGUCGCUCCACACACACAUACACUUACACACGCUUCAAGCACGCUCCACACGAACAGCAACAGCAACAGCAACAGCGAGCAACGAUCUACUCGAUAACGAGCAGCUGUUUUUCUUUCUUUUUUUUUUUGUUGUUGUUGGGUCCGUUGUCAGCGAGCGUCAGUUAUCCGGCCGCAUCUCCAACGCAGCAGCAGCAGCCACAACAGCGCUCCCACACCCCCGACAGGCAGUUGAAGCAGCAGCCGCAGCAGCAGCAGCAGCAACAACAACAAGUGCAAAAGUGAAGUGAACUCAAAACGAAACGAAAUCAUCGCUCUCUCGGCUCGCACUCGUGUCGCGCUCGUGUCUCUCUGCUAAGCGAUCGGCUCACACGCCGCUUCCAGUCUCAUUGUAAAUUACUUGCAAAGUAAAAUUUAGUCUCGGCUUUUAAUACCGUUUUAGUGCGUUUUCGAGUUGGUCGUGUUUUUUGUUACCAAAAAAAAAAAUAUAUAUAUAACUUUUUUUUUUAAAUCUAGUAGACAAAAACAGACAAAGUUUAAUUCUGCGGCUGUGAAAAUUAAAAAUAAUAAAGCCUGGCUCACAUUAAAAAAAAUAAAUAAUAUAUAAAAUAUAUUUUCGGUUUUUUUUUUUUUUGCUCAACUUUGGAGGAACAAUUCAAAACGAAAUAAACGUCCUGAACGAUAUAUAUUACAUUGGCGAAGCCUUCAUACAGAGAAACACUUGAAUUUAAUUGAUUACAAAACAUAUUUUUUUGCGUUUGAACACUUAAAAAAUUUAACGGAAAUGUAAACUACUCGCCCCCGCCAACCAAGCCUCGCUUCCUGUAAAUUAAGAACAAUUUUUUCCCCCCGAUCUUUCCAUUGACAUCGCAAAACCGCAAAAAAAAAAGGAAGAGAAAUUAAAACAUUACAUAAUAUUUAACUGCAAGUUCAAAAGUGUUUAUUUGAAAUUACCAUAACGAUUGAAAACAAUAAAUAACCAUAAUCAAAAAUAACAUAAAAUCCGAAUCAAAAUCAAGACGGAAGUGAUUUUUUUUUUUUUUUCGUUUCGCUCAAAGCGGCGCAUCCUGUUUGAGCUUUUCGCGCGUACGCACACACACACACAAACACACACGCAAACACACAGAGAGACUGAGACUUGCUCUCUUGCCGACGUAUAAGGGUUGUGAAGACGCAAACAUUUAACUAGACUAAUUGAUUAAAACGGCAACUUUACCCAAUUCUGUCGGACAAGAAAUUGGAAAACUAAGCAACUGAACAACAAGAAAAACACAGAAGAAGCAGUACUGAAAAGGCCAGCAAAAUGACUGGUUUUACUAACGGCGGCUUUGAGAACGAUGAGCCCGUCAAGCCAAAAGCUGGUUUUGAGCCAGACACGGCCUCGCUGCGAGAGAAAGUUGUGCUGAAUCCCGCUGAGAAAUGGCGCAUCUUAAAGAAUAUCUCAAUCAUCUCGAUAGCGUUCAUGGUGCAGUUUACUGCGUUUCAGGGCACGGCCAAUCUGCAAUCGUCGAUCAAUUCAAAGGAUGGCCUCGGCACCGUAUCGCUAAGUGCCAUUUAUGCGGCGCUGGUUGUCUCUUGCAUCUUCCUGCCCACGCUGAUCAUACGAAAGCUGACGGUUAAAUGGACGCUCGUUUGCAGCAUGCUCUGCUAUGCGCCGUACAUUGCCUUCCAGCUGUUCCCGCGCUUCUACACCCUGGUGCCGGCUGGCAUUCUUGUGGGUAUGGGCGCGGCGCCCAUGUGGGCAUCCAAGGCCACAUAUCUGACACAGGUCGGGCAGGUAUAUGCUAAGAUAACUGAACAGGCCGUCGAUGCCAUUAUUGUGCGAUUCUUUGGCUUCUUCUUCCUUGCCUGGCAAUCCGCCGAGCUCUGGGGCAAUCUCAUCUCCAGCCUGGUUCUGUCGAACAGCGCCCAUGGCGGUACCAGCAGCCCCAAUGCCACAAUCACUGAGGAGGAUUUGCUGUUAUGCGGCGCCAAUUUCUGCACCACCGGCACCGGUGGUCAUGGCAAUUUGGAGCGUCCGCCAGAGGAUGAAAUCUUUGAGAUCUCGAUGAUUUAUCUGAUGUGCAUUGUGGCGGCCGUUUGCAUCAUUGCCUUCUUUCUCGAUCCGCUAAAGCGUUACGGUGAGAAGCGCAAGGGCUCCAAUUCGGCAGCGGAGCUAUCCGGAUUGCAAUUGCUAUCGGCGACAUUCCGCCAGAUGAAGAAACCCAAUCUGCAGCUGUUAAUACCCAUCACCAUAUUCAUUGGCAUGGAGCAGGCAUUCAUUGGCGCCGACUUCACCCAGGCGUAUGUCGCCUGUGCGUUGGGCGUCCAUCAGAUUGGCUUCGUCAUGAUCUGCUUUGGUGUGGUGAACGCUCUCUGCUCCAUACUGUUUGGCUCGGUAAUGAAGUACAUUGGACGCCUGCCGAUCAUUGUGCUGGGCGGUGUUGUCCAUUUCACGCUCAUCUCUGUGAUGCUCUUCUGGCGACCCAAUCCCGACAAUCCGCUCAUCUUCUUUGCCAUGUCCGGACUGUGGGGCGUUGGGGAUGCCGUGUGGCAGACACAGAUCAACGGCCUCUAUGGCCUGCUCUUCCGACGCAACAAGGAGGCCGCCUUCUCCAACUAUCGCCUUUGGGAGUCCGCUGGCUUCGUCAUCGCCUAUGCCUAUGCCACAACGCUCUGCACCCGGAUGAAGCUCUACAUUCUGUUGGCUGUGCUGACGCUGGGCUGCAUUGGAUACGUCGUCGUCGAGAUUCUCUACAGGAAGAAGCAACGCAAGAUGAAGAAGCAGGAGAAACUCGAGGCCGCCGAGAAGGAGAAGGAGGCAGCUGCCGCUGCGGCUGCUGCUGCAGCCGCUGCACAGGCAAACGCGUUUGGCGACGGCGUCGAGGAGACCGAUGAUGAGUUGGACGAUCUCGAAGAAGAUAUUGUAGUCACGCGCCUGUAAUAAUCGUAUUUUGUUAAUUGUUGUACGUUCAUUUUGUUUAUUUUUGCCGACGACGACGCGUCGUUGCGGCUGCAGCAGCUGCGCUGUUAACCGCUAACUGUUAUCGGUUGCCAGUUAGCCGUUAACAGCUCUGUUAACCUACACGCCCACAUAAAGCAGUGCACUCCCAUACACAACACACACACACACACAUACAUAUGUAAGAGCAAAUUAUAAAAAAAAAAACAAAAACAAAAAAACAAAUAGAAAAAAAUAGAAAAACAAAAAACACAAAAUGCAAAUAAAAGCUGUUGCAUAGCCGCAGGCGCGUAGAUUUUCUCGUCGGUCUAUCGGCGAUGCGUCCGAACUUUUGUCGUUGUAGUUGUCGUAGUACUUAGUACAUUCCCCCUCCCCAAGUCCAUUUAACGCAGAAUGCUUACAAGCACAUAUAAAUAUAUAAAUUUACAUACAGUGCGUGUGUGUGUGUGUGUGUGCUGUGUGCCUGUUAAGUGUAAGUGCAAGUGCAAGUGUGUGCUAAAAUAACUUUAGUUUUGUGCAUAUAAGCAUACAAGCGACAGUGAGAGAGAAAGAGAGAGAGAGAGAGAGAGAUAUAGUGUCAGCGUGCUGAAUGCAGACAGGUGUUGUUGGUUGUGCUAGCGACUGACGACAGAGGGCGCCUUUAACUUUAUGUAGUGUCAAUUAGAAGUAGACACACACACAGGCACGCACACAUGCACGCAUGCACACACUCACACACACAAACACACACACACUCACUAGUACGCAUGCAUCACGCACACUGACAACAUGCUGUAGCAGUAUGUGUGUCAAAUAUGCCUAUUAAAUUGUUAUUUUAUUUUAAAUGCUAGCAUUAAAUCUAUCUAUAUAUAUAUAUAUAUAUACAAAGAAAUUUUUUUCAAUUUUUUUUCUUGGUUGCUGCUUAUAUAUACAAAACAACAAGAAACAAUUAAACAAAACAACAAAAAGUGAUAAUUAAACACACACACUUACACACGCACACACAUACACGCAUGCACACACGCACACACACACACACAGAGUCACAAAAUAGUCAAAUUUCUAAACUAAAACCGGCCGCGAAAACUAAUAUUAAAAGUAAUUAUUAUUAAGCCGUCGAAAAAGAAAAUAACAACAAAAUAAAUGAAAUACUAAAAUACACAAAAGAAAACAAAAAAGAAAAAAAACAAAAACAACACAAAAAAAUAGAGGGCAAGCGAUUAAAACAAAUGUAAUAAAUGCAAAAGCAGAAAAUAUAGCAUGCAAAAUGAUAAACACAUUUUUUGCUCAGUAUUAUGUUUUAAACUAAAUUUAAGUGAGUUAUUGUUUCCUGUUUUUUUUAUUUAAUUAUUUUUUUUCUUUUUCAUGAAGAAGAUAUUUGCAACAAAAAACAAAAAACCAAAAAAAAAAA